AUGCUUUUUUUGCUUUGUUUGCUGCUGCCUCUAAGUCUCCACAACAGUGACGAACUCCCGCCGUUCUCUCUGAAGGUAGCCAGCGCCAGGAAUGCGUCGGAGGAAAGCCCGCAGGAAGACGUUUCUCUCAUGUCUGCCUGUUCCCUAGUUGGAACAUUCACUGGCGAUAACACCUCGUCCUCGUGCCUCCUUGCCUACUCGUUCGACGCUCCAGAUCUUUUUCACCUGCUCCGUACAACACCAAGAGAGCCCUUUUUCCCGCUCCAAUCGAAUGACGCCCCCGGCGGGGCCGCCGCUCCCGUUCUGGUAGCAGUUUCUGCUCGUCGACGUCUUAGCCUGAAGGAAGAGACUCCCUCGCCUCCUCAGCCGCACUCGAAUGAAACCUUUGCGAAACCAUUUCUGGACAAAAGCAACGGCACAGACUUCCGAGAAAACGCCCCGUGGGCCUCCCUCAGGGAAGAGGAGACAGACGUGUCUCGGCCGCCGAGUGCCAGGCUGUUGAGCGACGCGGAAAUCUUUGAUUUCGCAGUUCGACGUCUACAAGGCUUCGGGAGUCUCUUCGGCGGACCUGGCCCGGGAAGCUCCGCCGACCGCGGGGCAAAGAAGCGACCUGGCUUCGGAGUCGACCUCGGCGAUGGCGAAGACAGUUUGAGCGGCAGUUCCCUCGGCAGUGGAGGCGGAACGGGAGGAAGCCGCAAGGUUCUCAUGAGCAACGGCCUCGUCUGUGAAGAUGACGCACGCGUAGAAGAGUUCGGCGCAAAGUGUAAAUUGAUCGCGCGUUCCUUAGGCGGGCGACUAGGAUGCGAGAAGAAACUCUCCGAAAUUGCCCCAGAUGGACAACUCCCUCCAACCAUUCCGGCUUUCUCUCGCGUCGCCGACGCGUGCCCGCUUACCUGUGGCCUGUGCGAAGAAUGUGCCCCAGGCUGCGCUCUGUGGUUCCUAGGAAACACUCUCUGCGACGAGGCGUGCAAUAAUGCUCUAUGCCAGUUUGACGGCGGUGACUGCUGGAGCGCCGACUGCGUUGUCAGCGACUGGGCCGAGUGGUCAAACUGCAGCGUCAGCUGUGGGGGACCCGGGACGGAAAAGCGAAGCAGGGAAAUCAAAAGUAAACCUAAACAGGGCGGAUCGCCAUGCCCCAAGCUCGAGGAAAUCCGAGAAGGCUGCAACGCAAACGUCAAGUGCCCCGAGAAUUGCGUCGUGAGCGAUUGGGGUGAGUGGAGCGACUGCUCGACGACUUGCGGCGAAGGACAGAGCCGACGCCAGAGAGAGAUUCUCAAGCAUCCUGACACAGACGGACAAAAGUGCCCAGAGACAGAACAGGCGCGCGUUUGCAUGAAGGAUUCGUGCACGACGUCCUGCGUUGUCUCUGAGUGGAGCGAAUGGGGGCCUUGCGGUGCCUCCUGCGGGGGCGGCGAACGCACUCGAAAGCGCAGCAUCAUUUCUCCUCCUGUCAACGGCGGCGCCAUCUGUCCAUCGUUAACCGAAGACGAGGUAAAACAACUGAACAUGGCUGCCGACAAGGGGGGAUGCAAGGGUACAUACACGUCUGUAAUGACUUCUCCUGCGACGGCGGCUGCGAGCAAUCGAUUGCGCCGUUUCCGAGUGGGCACCGUGGAGCGCAUGCAGCGUGACAUGCGGAGAGGGACGCGAAAGCCGAACCAGAGAAAUAACGGCAGAGCCUCAAGCCUUCUGCUCGGCUCGGUCGUGGGUCUCACGUUUUCACCUGCGCAAUCGACGGUGUCUGUGUUUUGUCUCCGUGUCUCUUCGCCAUCCCGGGAAAAGGUCGGCGUUGUGGAGCCAAUCACGACCCGCAGCCGCGCGAUUCUCUUGGAGGCGCCCGACUGCCCCAGCCCGUCGACUCUGAUUCAGAGUGAAGCAUGCACUGCGCUUGGUUUCCAAUGCGACGUGGACUGCGAAGUCGGGGAGUGGGGCGCCUGGGGGCCGUGCAGCGCGACGUGCGGCGGCGGCCAGCGGCGGCGCAGGCGCGCGAUGCUUCGAUCGCCCAAGGGCCAGGGGAAGGCCUGUCCGCCUUUGGUCGAUGUGAACCCGUGUGCUCUCGAGUCCUGUGCCGUGGUCGAGGGCCAGAUGAUCGCGUCGUGCGUCUACGGAGAAUGGAGCCCGUUUCGGGAGUGCGACGCCACGUGCGGCGUCGGCCGGCAAAGAAGCAUCCGAGCCAUUCUGGCGUUUCCGUCCUCGCCGUUUGACCCCGAGGGGAACAUUAUGCUCGACAGCACUGUCUGUACAGACACCGACCGCUUUCAGACGUGCCACGGCCCUCCUUGUCCUGUCGAUUGCCAGGUGACUGCCUGGGGCGCGUGGUCCAGCUGCUCCGUCACUUGCGGAGGCGGGAAUCAAGACCGCUUGCGCUCGGUUGUGCGGCCAGCGGCAAAUGGAGGAAAAGAGUGUCCCAUUUUACGACAAGUCCACACAUGUGCGACGUACCCUUGUCCAACCGACUGCCUGCUCUCAGACUGGACAGAGUGGACGCUGUGCUCUGCGGAGUGCGGCCUCGGCGCCCAGACUCGGACGCGCCGCAUUCUGACUCCGGCCUCGGUCGAUCCUCCUGGAGCUGCAUGCGGGCCGCUGGCAGAGGAGAAAAAGUGUUUUUCUACCAGGGGAGCCUGCAAAGAGGACUGCGAGUUGUCGGAGUGGAGCCCCUGGACGCCGUGCUCGCAGUCGUGCGGGGUCGGCGGGGUCAGGACGAGCUCGCGGGAGAUCCGGAAGCCUGGAGGCGUGGGCGGCGGGCGGAGCUGCGCCGGAGAGAGUCUGUUGAAGGAAGAAGCAUGCAACGAAAACAUUCCCUGCGUAGGCGACUGCGAAGUAGGCGACUGGGGCGACUGGACGGGCUGCUCGGUCUCUUGCAGCGAGUGGAAGACGCAAGAGGAAAAGAUGAAGAGCGAGCGCGGGGCCAGACGCAUGCGCUCGCAGCGGCCGCCGCAGGCGACGGGCGCGCGGGAGGGUCGUCGACUGGCCCCUGCGUUCGAAGACGAAGCCGAGGAGGAGACGGGACGAAACGCCCUGGCCUCGCUCCCUGGCGGCGGCAAGCGCAUGCGAAGUCGCGCGAUCUUGAAGCCGGAGAAAAACGGAGGCAAGGCGUGCCCGCCGACGGAAGAGAUCGACGACUCAUGCAACGCGGAUAUCCCCUGUCCCGUCGAGUGUACGUACACCCCGUGGACCGACUGGACGCCCUGCAGCGUCACGUGUGGCGUGGGUAGGCAAACCCGCACGCGCGAAAUCGAGACGGAGGCGCGGUUCGGCGGCCAGCCCUGCGACAACUUGGAAGACGCCAUCGACUGCAUGGCAGACGUCUUGUGCGUCGACGACUGCGAAGUCAGCGAGUGGGGCGAUUGGAGCAGCUGCUCGGCCACGUGCGGAGGCGGCGUCCGAAAGCGAGGAAGACAAGUUAUGAAGCCGCCGUCGAACGGCGGCCGGCCGUGUCCACCGCUCACGGACUUUGAUGCAUGCGGCCUGGCGAGCUGCCACGGCACCGACUGCGAAGUCGCCGAGUGGGGCGCGUGGUCUGCCUGCUCCAAAAACUGCGGAGGCGGCGUGCACGUGCGGACGCGGGCGGUUUUGACGGAGAAGCGCGGCAACGGGCGCGACUGUCCGUCGCCGCUCUUUGAGCGCGAAGGCUGCAACUUGUUCCGGUGUCCAGACACCGUGUGUGAAGACAACCCCGACGUCCCGGUCAUGACUGGCGGCGUCGAGUGUCGCGUCCUGCUCGCCAUGGGUUGUCACCGCUUGUUGAAAGACCUCGCGGAGGAGAACGACCGCGAGUUCCCCUCGCACAUCCCGCCCGAGACGCGCGUCCAGGACGCCUGCCCCACGACGUGCGGGACCUGCACAGAGUGCGCGCCAGGGUGCCAGCUGCGCGACCUCGGAAACCGCCACUGCGACGAGGCCUGCAACAACCCCGCGUGCCGGAUGGACCUCGGCGACUGCGGAGGCGACUGCGAGCUCGACCGGGAGAAACGCUCAAACUUCUUCGCCGCCCUCGGCGUCGCCGCCGAACCGCCCACUUCGACGCUCCUCCAGGGCCAGAUGGCGGUCCUCAGCUGUAAAGACGCGGGAACGCGCUUCGCCGGGUUCCCCGCUCUGCGGCAACUCGCCAUUGCGUGCAGAGGCCGCGACGCCAUGGAAGUCUUGCCGCACGGCCUCCGCCUCGGGCCGGAUAGCGAAGGAAGCGCGCUGGGCGGCGACCGGCCGCAGCGCGACCUCGCGCUCCCGGCCUGCGUCCCAGACGUCUGCCCGUACGUCCACGUCGAGGGCUUUGCCGACGAGGGCGGCGGCAAGCCCCGCGGGCCUUCUCUGAAGCAGCUGAACGGUAUCUACUACCGGGGCGACGCGCAGCGCGGCCUGCCCAGAUACAUUCAAGACAAGUACUCGAAGCCGAAGUACUUCCUCUGGAUGCAUGCAGACGCCGACGCGGCCGCGGGCGCCGAUGCGCCACAGGAUGCGUUCGCAGCCCAGGCCCCCGCGCCGGGAUCUGCCUUUGUGUGGCGACUCACUGCGACGGAUCCUCUCGACUCGGCGGACUCCUCGUUCACUCCGAGCUCGCGAGAGACCGAAAAGGGCGAGAAAGAAGCGAGCGGCAGCCUCUCCGCCGCGGGCGUCGGCGCGAGGUGCACAGCGCCGCCUGUCGGCCAGGAUGGGCCUCUCGACUGCGUGGACGUUUGGGCGGUCGGUGAAGUGAACGCGGCUGGCGCCGUCCAAGCUGAGAAGAAGAUCCCGGCAAAAACCAUCACCCUGCGGUGUCUCGCUUCGGAGGAAGAGAAGGACGAGGUGGAGGCUGCGCUGCGCGCCGCGUCGCUUUCCUCGGCGGCUCUGGCGAGCGAGCGCCCGGAAGCCUUCAGAGGCCCGCCGUCCACCGUCGUUGCGGGGACGCCGAUGAUUUGCGAAGACCAGCCUGACGUGGAGCGCGUGUCGCAGAAGACGUGCGCGGAGCUGAAGAAGCUGCUAAAGUGCGACUUCGUCCUCGAAGACGCCGGCGUCGAAGACCUCCCAGACUUCCUUCCCGCCGACGCAACUCUGGCGCUCGCGUGCCCGCAGACCUGCGGCCUCUGCAAAGAGUGCGCGUUCAGGUGCCCGCUCUGGUUCCUCGGCAACCGCCACUGCGACGCCGCGUGCAACAAUGCGGAGUGCGAGUUCGACCGCGGCGACUGCGCCGGCGAGAACGCGCUGGCCGGAGCCGGACACGGAAACCGAGAAGCGGGAACGAGGGGGGACGGAGACGCCCAGGGCGCGGGCGGCGAGGCGCCCUCGAGCGGCCUCUCGGUGUCUGAAGAAGCGUCGCAGAAGAAGCCGCCUCGAAGUAGGGAACGCGAGGGGUAUCCGGCCGCCCGCGAAGCGUGCGCAGACGACCCGGCCGUCAAGGAAAUGGGCUACACAUGCAAGUUGCUGAUCAAAGUCGCCAAGGAGCAGUUCCCCGCUCUCGGAUGCGAGGCGCGGCUCCUCGACCUCAACAAGGACGCCCAUCUCCCGCCCGGCAUCCCAAAGAUCACCCGAGUCAAAGACGCGUGUCCCAAGUCCUGCGACGCAUGCGACGACGAAGAUCUGCUUCGGCGCCCCUCGCCUGCGGGCGCUGCUCCGUCAGCUGCCGAGGACAAGGCCGUGCCGUGCGAGGACGAUCCUGCAGUCCGCGAAAUGGGCUACACGUGCAAGCUCUUGCUGUCGGUUGCGCAGGAAGGGAAAGGCGGAUGCAAUGCGCGGCUGCUGGACCUGGACGAAAACAAGCAAGAGCUGCCGCCGGGGAUCCCCACGGUCACGCGGGUAAAGGACGCAUGCCCGAAAACGUGCAACGCGUGCAACGACCCAGAUCGUCUCAUCCGGAGAAAUGAAGACGCCGCGACUGCAUGCGAAGACGACCCUCUGGUGAAGUCGAUGGGCUACACGUGCAAGCUUCUCGUGCGGGCUGCUGAGGAGCACGAGGGGUGCGCCACGCGUUUGAUCACGCUGAAGCCCGACCAAGUUCUUCCUCCUGGAAUUCCAAACGAAACACGAGUCAAAGAUGCGUGCCCCAAAACGUGUAGAGCCUGUACCGACCCCGAUCGGCUAGUUCGCCCCGCUGGCGACGACCCCGCAACUGCAUGCGAAGACAAUCCUGCAGUGGAGGCUCUCGGAUACACCUGCAAGCUCCUGCUCUCCGUCGCGGCGACGGAAGACCUCGGCGGCUGCUCCGCGCUUCUUCGCGACUUGCAGAGACCUGGCGAGAAGAUGCCCAGCGGCCUCCCGGAGGAGACGCGGGUGAAAGAUGCGUGCCCCAAGACCUGUCGCUCCUGUGACGACCCCUCCCUGCUCGUCCCUGCGGCGAAAGAGAAACCGGACAACCUCUCUUGUCUCGGCGACUGCUGCGACGUCCCAAUGCUCGAACAGGAAACGGGGUAUACCUGCAAGCAGAUCAAGGCGUUUGUGAACGACGACUGUUCGAUUUUGUUGAAGGAUUUGAGCAGCGCGCCGCUGCCUCCGCAGGUCCCGGCGUCGACGACUCUGGAGGACGCGUGCCCGUUCACGUGUGGGGCGUGUUCGACCGAGCAGUGCAACGACAACCCGCUCGUCGAGUUCAUGGGUUAUUCGUGUGCGGCGAUAAUUGAGGCGGCGGCGAGUCGUGGGGGCUGCGACGCCUUCCUGAAGGACCUCGCAGCUCCAGCGGACCGGCCGUUUCCGCCGGAGAUUCCCGCCCACACGCGCGUCAAGGACGCCUGCAUGCGGUCCUGCAAGAACUGUCCUUCGAUCCGCGAAACGGACCAGGCUGCGCCUUGCCAUGAUGACCCGAGACUCCCCCAGAUGGGCUACAGCUGCGAGACGAUGCUGCCGUACGCCUCUCGAGGAUGUGGAACCGUGCUGCGCGACUUACUGCCCUCGACGACGGUAUACCUCGAUGGCGUGGAUCCCGCCGAGUCGCUCGCGACGUACUGCAGCCUCUCGUGUGGGAUCUGCAUGCAGAAGAAGCAGAAACCCGGGAACGGGUGUAGGAACAACCCGCUCGUCGAGGCUCACGGCUUCUCUUGCGCGCUCCUCGUCAAAGCCUCUGCGCUCGGAUGCAACGCGAAGCUGAAGGAUCUCUCAGACGCGCCGCUCCCCCUGGGCAUCCCUCCCAACACCCGCGUGAAAGACGCCUGCCUCCUCGAGUGCGGCGGCUGCAUCGAAGUCCCCACGUGCUACGACGGCUUCCAAAACGGCGAGGAAGAAGGCGUCGACUGCGGAGGGCCCUGCAGGCCGUGUCACUCCUGCUCGCCGUCGCUCUUCAAAACUCUCGGAGACGCCUACGCCAUCACUGACGGCCGUGGCACGCAGCACGGCGCCUUCCGCGAGAUCCGGUGCGCCGACGGAUUCGACAAAGUCGGCGGAAAAGAACCCGAAACCCUCGUCUGCCAAGACGGCGUCUUCCCCAACCCCACCCUCAAAUGCGAUAUCCGCAAGGUCGAGGUCGAGUACGGAACGCUCACCAUCGACAACGCCGGGGACCUCGGCCCCGAGGCAAUUCCAUCGCUCUACUUUGCGCUGCUGCAUGCGCUCCGCCUCACGACGCCGUACGAGCUGCGACUGCUGGCCGCGGGGACAGAACGCCGAAGUCGCGAGGCGCUGAUGGGAGGAGCUGAAGAAUGCACAGACGACCCACGCGUCGAGCAGAUGGGCUACUCCUGCGACAUUCUCGCCUCGUUCUGCAACGCCGAGCUGCAUGCGCUCGCGCAGAGUCAGGGGAAACAACUGCCAGCUUGGCUGCCGCAGGGCGCCAGAGUCAAAGACGCGUGCCCAGCCACGUGUGGAGCUUGUGGUCGGCGUCGGCGUUUAUCCGCCCUGGCGUCUGUCCCCUCUUCCUCGAGGUCUCUCUCUUCUUCGUCUUCUGUGCGUCCUUUGCUUCUGGAUUAUGGCGUGGCGUGGUCGACUCCGAAUCUCCCGUUUUCUUCGCGCUUCACGGAUGAGACGCCUGCGCUGUUCCUCAACAGUCUGUACUCCCAGUUUCUGGACCGGAACUUGGCGCUCAUCGACCGCCGCGACGGCACCCUGCAGUCGGCGGCGGUGGCGAUGCGUCAGCGCCCGUUCCUCGUCACUUUCGAGGCGCCCAGCGCCAUGCGUCUCUCGCUCCGCUUCUGGGACAAGGGGUUCGGAGCCUUCUCGCCCCCCGAAGUCGCCAGGGGGCUCUUCGCCGUCGCGGGCCUUCCCCUGCCGACCGCGCAGGAGAUCUCCUUUGGGCUCCAGCCAGGCGCCCGCGGCCCAGGCGGAGGCGAGGCUGCGAAAAUCAGCCCGCACGCCGAAGUGCAAUACACGCUGACGAAUGAGAGAAAGACGCUCGUUCCCCUUCAACCCGGCCUCGGCCAGCUCGUCGGAGCCUGUGCGAGCCUGGAAGCCCAAAAGGACCCAAACAGCUGCUGCGGAUUCCACGCGGAAAUGCAGGCAAGGAACCAAACACAGAUGCACGAAACAGGGACGAUUCACAACCGCACAUCUAUGCAAAACGACUCACACACGUGUGCGUUUCCGUGCGCAUGCACCCUACUGGACGGGCCCUGUGGGGUCCAGCUGUACACGCAGCGGCUCUCGGCGGACUCUGUGCAGGCCUUCUGUUCAGGGCGCGUCGGCGACCGUCGCUGUCUCUCUUCUUUCCUUCUUCUCCUCGACUUUUACCGGCGUCGACCCGGCGUCGGGUGCGGCUAUCUGGCCUUUGCGGAGCGCGUCGUGGACGCGUGGUGUGCACGAGACGACGCUGGGAACUUUUGCUUCUCCGAGGUCGAGAAGACACUCGAGAGCCUCGAGGGGCCGGGCUACCUCGCCGCGAAAACCUCUGACGAGCUCGACAAGGCCUGCCACGCCAGCAGCUGCUAUAUGAAGAACAUUCGCUACCUGGACGCCAUCACGCAGCUCCAGGUGGCCUGGAAGCUCUUGGGCGGCCUCGCCCUCCCGCCAAAGGUCGAGGCCGGUUUCGCCCCGAGCGAGCGACGCAGAGCCGCCGAACACUCGCCAGACGAACUAGCGGACGGGGGGACAACGCAGCCGAGCAGGCAAACGGACGGAGACAGCAGCAGUCUGAGGCGACUGCAGAAGCCGGGAGGCGACGGCGAGUCAGCAGAACGGACUGCCAAUGGCCUUGAAAGAAGGGCGGCGAAGACGAAGGAAGAGGAAGAAGAGACAGAUAUUGGAGAGAAUGGAGAGGAAGCAGAUUUAGGGGGGAUUGGAGAGGAAAGUGAGAACGAAGUGGAGAAAGGUCAGGUUUCUUCGUUUUCCCUGAGGUCUUCGGUGUCCAGGCGCCUCGCGUCUCGCCCGCUCUUCUCCGCGUUCGCCUCCUCACGUUCCCCACACACGUUUUCUUUGUCUGCCUCCACGGAUUCUCCUGGGUCUUCCGGCCUUUCUUCUCGUGAGUGGGUCGAGGCCCUCGACGCGCAUGCAACUCGCCGCGACCGCGCUUACCACGCGCUCGCCCGUCGUCUGCAGCAGAGCGUCGCCGCUACGGCGAACAUUCUGGGCAUUCCUCUGGAUGGUUCCACGUUCCUCCCUUCCCACUUUUCUCCUUCCUCGAAAUCGCCUUUCUCUGCCGACUCGCCGCCCCUGGAAACACGCGCUGCCCUGCCAGGCAAACCGACAGACGCGCCCUCUUCACCGGACUCUCCUCGCCUUCUACCCUUCUCUUCCCCUCGCCUUCUACCCUUCUCUUCCCCUCGGUUCUCGCCUUCUUCCCCUCGGUUCUCGCCUUCUUCACCUUCGGCAUCAGCUUCUGGAUCUUCGUCUUCUUCCUUUUCUGCGGGCGCGCCGCGCCGACUGAAGGGCUUGGAGCCGCGAAUGGCUGCGCGCUUCGACGGGCCGCUGGGCGAGAGUUUGGAGGAGAUGGUGACGCUGAUGUGCACAAAGGUCGAGGGCGACUACUGCCAGCAGACGCUCGUGCUGCUCGCCGAAGAGAGCCCCGUGAAGAACCCCACGCUGGUCAUCCAGCCCUGCUCCAGUCGCUGCUUUGUCCCCAUCACGGGUCUCCUGGGAAGCCUCGUGGAGAGCUACGGCGAGCGCUACGCCGACCCCUUCCACAGCGCCCUCGGAAAGAUCAUGCGCGCCUACGGCAGAUUCUAUUGCACAUACGCCGAGUCGGGACAGGUCUGCGGGGAAAUCCUGUUCAACAAGUUGAAACACGUUGACGUACCCUCCUUCACCCCUCAGGGUCUCGAAGUCAACUUCUCGCAGUGCACAUGUCCUCAAAGCUUCGUUCAGGACGGGCAGUGCGACCGGUCGUGUUUCAACGAGGCGUGCGGGUGGGACGGUCAGGACUGUCUCGUGCGGCGCAUGUUUCCGGAGAUUUACGAGGCGCUUCUGUCGCUGGUCUCCCCUCAGUGCUCAGUUUUUUCCGCAGCCUUCGAGUGCACGCCGCGCUGCAAGAAGCAAUACGAGCACCUUCUCCUCUCGCAGGACAAGAACUGUUGCAUGGCUGCAGGCUUUGAGUUGCUUGCCUCUCUCCUCGCGGUGGACGUGACGCAUCCGUUGUUCGAGGGCGAGGCGUGGGAGCCUGCUCGGUCGCUCGCCUACCUGGAGCACCUCUGCGACUUCUCCCUCGACCGCACCUGCUCGCUAGGCAGACCCCGACAGCAGGUGGUGAUUUCCACGACCCUCUUGGGAGUCAAGGCCGGGCUGCUCCUCGCAGACGCCGCCAAGUUGCGAGAAGUCGAAGCCAUCAUCCGAAAAACCGCCGCACAAAAAUUCGCCCUCGUCGACCAAGACGUCGCCCGCAGCGUCGCCCGGCCAGCGCCAGGUGGAGUCGAAAUCCUCAGCUUCAUCGACGCAGGCGUUUACACCGACAGGACUCUCCUCGCCGUCACCAACCAGACGACCCUGGCCCAGAUGGAUGACGCCGUCCUGCGGCGCCUGGGCGCUGUCGCGUUGGAGCCGUACAGGGAUUUCGAGCACAUCGGGCCGCUGUCGGUUCAGACCUCGUCGGUUCCUCUAACCCGCGCCACCACAACGCCGGCGGUCUCUUCGUCCUCGCCUGCGCUCCCGUUUGCUGGCACGUGGGGCGUCCACGAACUGCCCGUAGACUUGCCGAAAGAGGGCUGUUCCGUGGCCGAUCUCCACCGCCUGCUUCAUCCCGGCUACUCGUUGAUUCUCGGGUCCGUCUCGUCCUUCCCGCUGCCGCCUGCUCCAGGGCGGACCGCCGGGCAAGGCGACAGACUGCUCGGCGAGUCGACGGAGACAGCGCGGGGCCGCGAAAGCCCAGAAUCCCAUGGAGGAAGCCCCAAAUCGCCAGAGCCCCGACCCUAUCCCGCCGCAGGCGCUCUCACGGCAAACGCCCGCCGACGCCUGCUGACCACUCCCGGCAUCACGCGACGCCUCGCGGCAACCUCCCGCCUUUCUCCUGCCUCUUCGCCCUCUUCGUUUUCGCUCGCUUCCUUUUCACCCUCUUUGACCGCGCGUCGCCUGCAAGAGAGUGCGCUGGGUCGGUUUUCGCCGUCGGACGAGCCGGCAGGUCCGACUGGGCUCUCGAGCGGCGGCCAGCGAGCGUGGUACUCCCACGGCGAAGGCGAGACGGUCAAGUGUGCCGAGCCUCUCUACUCGUCUGUCGCUGGGCCUGCCGUCGACCGCGUCGUUUGCGACAACGGGUCGUGGACCUUCGAAAACCUGCUCGUCUGCAAACGCAGCUGUCCUCCGGCCGCGCAAUACUUUGCUUCGCAGGCCGCCUCCUCCUUCUCUUCCCAGAUGUCUCCGUACCGAGUGGCGGGGGACUCCAUCUCGCACGGCAGCGUGGUGUCGGUCUCCUGCGCGGAGGGGUUCUCGCCUGCGGAUCUUCAGGUCUCCCCGUCGCGGUUCGAGUGCGUGGACAGUCAGUGGGUAGGCCGGUCGCUGGUCUGUUCGCCGCUGUGUCCGCCGUUUCCAGAUCUGGGCGAGGCGUACCUGGUGCGCGGCGAAGGUCACGAGCACGGGGACACGCGCGUGGUGACCUGCACUCGCGGCUUCUACCCGCAGCAUCGCUCCUUCACUUCCAUCUGCGAGGCGAGUCGGUGGAGCCCGCCCCUGUUUGAGUGCACGCAGGCGACGCCCCCGGACAUGCAGGAAGGCGCCACGGGGCUUCAAAAGAUUCUCCUGCAGAUGUUCUCCAGCGAGGGCGUCCUCGGCCUCGUGAUCUUCUCCGUCCUUGUCACUCUCGCUGCCGUCGCCGUCUUCAUCGCCUGGCGUCUCCACUACAAAACGCGCGCGCGCCAGAACUUCAUCGCUCGCGAGGAAACUGUCCAGGCCCUCAAGGUCUCGUCCCUGCCGGCCGGAAUCGGCGCGGGCGACGGAGACACCCGCGGCGGAGACUCUGGGGGCGCAGACCCACACGCCGCAAAUCGCCCAGAGGACACUCUCGGCGGGGCUCGGCACGUGCGCGAGGACACAGGAGACGCGGAACACCGGAAACUCAGUGACGGCCUCGGGGGGACGAGGGCGUCCCGUUCGGCGUCUUCGUGUCCUUCCUACCUCGGCGAGUCUUCACUCAUCAGCGCGCAGCAGUCAGACCCUAACAAGUCUUCAAUCCCCGGGUACGUCGCAAGGCAGCUGUUGUAUCGGGAACGCGAAAACGAGCAAGACGAAGACAGCCAAGACGGCCAAGUCUCUCUGGGAAGCGUCUGCGUGACAGCGGAGCUCCAGGCGUACACUCAGUCUCGGCAGGCUCCGGGGCCUUUCCCUUCAAGUGCCGUCUCUGCUGAGCCGCCGCUUCUUCUCGAUAAGAACGACGUUCGCCAGGAAGAGAGCAGAAGCGGUCGUCCGAGCUCCGCGAGCCUUCUCUCUUCUCGCGCCUCUUCAGAGACUGCGCCCCGCCGUCUGGUGAGUUCGGGAAAUCCCGGGAUGCCGGCGCAAGCGAACAGCGUAGGUAGUAGCGGCGCCCUCUCCGCCGGAAGCAGAGACAGUUCCGGUCUUCCGAGCUUCGCGGCGUUUCGCCCAAACGCGACGCUCAGCGGCGACGUAGAAGACACGCAGGAGGACGGCAGGCGCGAAGGCAAACACUCAGCGUUUGCGGGGUUGAGGAAACACCAGCACGAGAGCAACGAGGCUCUUACCGUUCCCCUCCCGCCUCACGGCGAAGGCGCCGCGUACGUGGCUUCUGUCUCUGCGGCGUCCCUGACGGAGACCUCGACGCCGGCACCUGCGGAGGCCUCGGUGCGCUCGCUACAUCUUUUCCACAAACUGCAUGCGGAGCACAUGCAGCGACAAGUCGGAGGCCGAGGCAGGGAAGAGGGGCCAUACACGCGACUGCGAGAACCUCGGGAGCGCCAGGCAGGCGAGGCGCCGCGCGGGCUCAGCCAGGCUAACCGGGUCUUUCCGUCUUUGAUUGUCUCUCGAGAAGAGCCGGGAAGGCGCGAGCGUGACGAAGAAGCCGCCGGACACCGGGAAGGAAGACGCGUCCAGGAUGAGAUUCAGUUCGCUGCUCCCUUCUCCGCGUGCGACACGAUCAGCGAAGGCAACGAAACUGUGGGGCGAAGCACGCCGAGCGAUGAGGCGGGGCCGAACCAGGCAGAAUCGUCUCCCUCUUUGUCGCCUGUUCCUUCUUGUCGCCAAGCAGAGCUGGACACGGAGGCGUGUGGAGGCGAAGAACCGCGACCGACGAGCGGGGAGGGAGACCCACCGACGAGGACGAGCGAGUAG